AUGAAUUUAAACAAUGAAAAUGAAUAUUUGUCCGCCGACAGAGAAGACUUUGUGCAGCGUGCAAAUAUACGUAAAUGUUAUGGACUUGAGAUGGAUACUAAAAUGCAAGAAGAGAGUACAGUAAAAAGCAUGUCUUGUUUAAAUUAUUAUCUUUUGAUAAUUGCAAAUCCAACAAAAGAAAAUGUUCAAGUAAUACAAAUACGGCUGCCAACACUUAAACUCGAAGUAACGAAAAUAGUCAUUAUGCAGCACUCUCUGUGUUGUUUGUGCUUUACUGAAGCAGCAAUUUUACCUUUGACAUUAUUCAAAGGCAAUUCUAAAAGUGUGAAUAAUAUCGUCAAACCAGUUGAUAAUUUCGGUUAUAUAGAGUAUAAACCAAAUGGUACUUUAAUCCUGCGAAGUACUAUGGAAAAUGGCACAAAUCUACAAAAUUUAUUACUCUUCAAGACUAUAUUGAACACAAUAAAACUAACGCCAUUUCUUGCCGGAAAUACGGAAAGUAAACCCAGUGCUUUAAAUCCUUUUGAAAAAUUUGAUAUAAAGAUUUAUGGUGAAGGAGUUGAACAUAGAUUUCCGCCUUUUCUAGAACGUAUUAUACAACGUAUACAAUCCUAUUUUUCUGUUUAUAAGUACGUUGAUACAAGUCGUCCAAUACGUCACGAACAAAUACAAGCAAAUACGGAUAACUCUAAUGAGAUCACGACUACAGAUGAGAGUAAUGACAUUAGUAGUAAUUUGGAAACAACUACUUAUGGUGAUAUUGCAAAUACAGAUGCAACGGAUGAGUAUACGGAGUUCAUAUCUAUUGGAGAAAAUGAUGGUUAUAUAACUGUUGGCGAAGACUGA